AUGAUUCCAUUGCAUCGCUUCAAACCAAAACAAUGAACAAUUUCUCAUUCACAUCACAAUCCUACAAAUCUUUCCCCGCAUACCCAAAAUCCGAUUUCGAUUUAGAAUCUGCCAUUCCCACAACCACAAUCAAACGAACCAGAAAACCCAAAAACUCACCAAUUUUCCAUCUUUUCAAAAUGCUCAAAAAAUUCCACCAUUUUUUCAAAAUUCACCCUUUCGUAGCUAUUUUACUACUAUCUUUAUCUUUAGGUAUAACCCUUUUCGUUUUUCUCUCUUACAAUGCAACCCAAUUGAACAAUUACGCGAAAACUGAUCUGGGUUUUGAUGAUUACCCGUUUUCGAAGCUGAGGAAUUUGGUUAUGGUUGCUGGUCAUUCGGUUUAUAUGAGUAGUGGUUGUGGGAAGAUUGAGAAAGAAGAUUCGUGGUAUUUGGAGAGUUAUCAGAAGAAUCCUGGUCAGGCUGCUACGUUUGUGAAGCAUAUUGAGGAAGGAGUUGGGAUUGUCGAUAAGGAUGAGGAGGGUUUGCUUUUGUUUAGUGGCGGUGAGACGAGGAAAGACGCGGGGCCGAGGAGUGAGGCGCAGAGUUAUUGGGCUGUUGCUGAUUUUAAAGGAUGGUUUGGUAAGGAAGAAAGUGUGAAAUGGAGAGCACUUACGGAAGAACAUGCAAGGGACAGCUUUGAAAAUCUUCUUUUUAGUGUCUGUCGGUUCCGAGAGCUUACUGGCACCUAUCCUCAAAAUAUUACGGUUGUAAGUUAUGAUUUCAAGGAAGACAGAUUUGCAAAUCUACAUCGUUCUGCCAUUGGCUUUCCAGAGUCAAGGUUCUUCUACGCUGGCACACCUGCUACGUCAAAUGCAAAAGAAGCUGCUUUAAAAGGCGAGGAAUUGGUGAGAGCGCAAUUCUCAAGAGAUCCGUACGGAUGUCGAGGGUCACUUUAUCACAAAAAGCUAAAGCGCGACCCAUUUCAUCGGUCAAUUCCAUAUCCUAAUGGAUGUCCAGAAAUUGAACCUUUGUUCAGAUACUGUGGACCAGCUCCAUAUCCUGGUGCACUCCCGUGGGCAUAGUAGCGGUGGUUCAUGAAAUUAUACAAGUGUACACUAAAAGCAUAGAGGUAUUAGAUGCAAUGCAGCUACAUGAUGUUGCAUGAAUUAGUUGAUACAUGAUAUGAAGACCAAUUUUUUUGUUAAGAUGAUGAUAAAUUGUGUAGAUGAAUCAUGAAACUGUUGUUACAUAUUGGUUAUAAAAAAGUUUAUCAAAGUUUUUGUAAGGUGGAUAUAUUAAAACUCUUGGUGUUCUCAACAUGAAGGGCUGCAUUUUUAAUUCCUUUAUGAUGGUUGCAAAUAUUGUGAUCGUGAAGGAAAUAAAUGACAAUUAUUUAUAUUUUA